CUUCUGUUUAUUUGUAUUUUAUAUACAGUACGUAAAAAAAAAUUACAAAAAAAAAGAAAGGUGAAAGGGACCAAAUCUGAAACCCUAACGCCGAAGAAAAAGGAGGAGAAGAAGAAGCCUGCUAAUGUGAAGAUAAUUUCCUCACAAUUUUAUCACAGCCAUUAGAGUCGUCUCCUUUUGCAUCUCCUUCAAGUUCCUGUGGACAUGCAGGCGGUUAAUUUUAUUUAAGAGAAAAAAAAAACGACAAUGGCGUCGAAAGGCCCAAGGUCUAAGCUUGAUCACGAGACCAGAGCUCGGCGUCAAAAGGCACUGGAAGCUCCGAGGGAGCCGCGUCGCCCUAAGACUCACUGGGAUCACGUCUUAGAGGAAAUGGUUUGGUUGUCGAAGGACUUUGAGUCGGAGAGGAAAUGGAAAUUGGCACAUGCGAAGAAAGUGGCAUUAAGAGCCAGUAAGGGCAUGUUGGAUCAGGCCACCAGAGGAGAGAAGAAACUGAAGGAAGAGGAGCAGCGGCUGCGAAAAGUUGCUCUUAAUAUUUCAAAGGAUGUAAAGAAAUUCUGGGUUAAAAUAGAAAAGCUGGUACUUUACAAGCAUCAGAUGGAGCUUGAUGAGAAGAAGAAAAAGGCACUUGAUAAGCAGCUUGAGUUUCUUCUAGGACAAACUGAGAGGUACUCUACAAUGUUAGCAGAAAAUCUAGUGGACAAACCAUCAGAGCAAUAUGCUGCACAAGAUAAACCGAGAAUUGCAUACAAGAAAGGAGAUGAUGCUAAUAUACCUGAGCAAGUCAAUGAUGAGUCUCAGUUGGACACUACAGACAAUGACGAUGAAUAUGAUGUGCAAUCUGAAGAUGAAGUGGAAGAUGAUGAGCAUACUAUUGAGGAAGAUGAGGCUCUUAUAACUGCAGAAGAAAGGCAAGAAGAAUUGGAAGCUCUGCACAAUGAAACAGAUAUUCCACUCGAGGAGCUACUUAACCGUUAUCCUGUAGAGAAAGGUAGCAGAGAAAGUAGUGAAAAUGGAGCUAAGCCAUCUGCAAAUGGGGAAGACCAUUGUGAGAGGAAAGGAAACAAUAUGUCUGCUGCUAGUGACAUGGAGAUAAGCUGCUCACCUGUUAAUGCUAGUCGUCGUUGUGGUGAAAAUAAUGGUGCCUUGCCCAUUCCAGACAAUGACUUAUUGGAAAUCAGGACCAAUGAAACCAGAAAUCAGUUAAGUAUUUCUGAUGAUCCAGCCAAAGAACGUGUGCCAUAUGAUUUCAGUGAUGAACAGGAAGAUGGUGAUUUUGAUCUUGCUGCAGAAGAAGAAAAGGAUGACGAGACAACCUUGUUGGAAGAGGAAGAGCUGGCAAAAGCAGAUUCAAAGAAUCCCAUAGAUGAGAUCUCAUUGCUGCAAAAGGAGAGUGAAAUCCCUUUGGAAGAAUUGCUUGCAAGGUAUACCAAGGAGCCUAACAAUGAAGUUUCAGAGGAUGAAUCUGAAUAUGCAUCUUUAUUAUCAGACAAUGUGUCAAAUUCCCCAGGCCAUGAAGAUGAACUGAAGCAGCUGGAUAACUCAAUGGAUGGAAUUGUUGAAUGUGGAAACCAUCCUCUUGUAGAAGAACAAGAAAAGGGAAAUGAAAAAAUUUCAGAAGAUGGAAGGGAGAGUGAGAAUAGGAUUGCUGAUGCUGCUGCUGCUGCAAGAUCUGCACAACCAACAGGCAAUACAUUCUCAACAACUAAAGUGCGCACGAAGUUCCCUUUUCUUCUUAAGUACCCUCUUCGUGAAUAUCAACAUAUAGGCCUUGAUUGGCUUGUUACAAUGUAUGAGAAAAGAUUAAAUGGGAUUCUAGCUGAUGAAAUGGGGCUUGGAAAGACAAUCAUGACUAUUGCUUUGCUUGCACACCUGGCAUGUGAAAAGGGGAUAUGGGGUCCUCAUCUGAUCGUGGUUCCCACAAGUGUCAUGCUUAACUGGGAAACAGAGUUUUUUAAAUGGUGUCCUGCCUUCAAGAUUUUAACAUAUUUUGGCAGUGCAAAAGAGCGUAAAUGCAAGAGGCAAGGUUGGCUGAAACCGAACUCCUUCCAUGUAUGCAUAACAACUUACAGACUGGUUAUACAGGAUUCAAAAGUCUUCAAAAGGAAGAAAUGGAAGUAUUUGAUAUUGGAUGAAGCUCAUCUGAUUAAAAAUUGGAAGUCUCAGAGAUGGCAAACUCUUUUAAACUUUAAUUCAAAACGACGAAUCUUAUUAACUGGUACACCUCUGCAGAAUGAUCUCAUGGAACUCUGGUCACUGAUGCAUUUCUUGAUGCCCCACAUCUUUCAAUCUCACCAGGAAUUCAAGGACUGGUUUAGCAAUCCAAUAACUGGGAUGGUGGAGGGACAAGAAAGAGUGAACAAAGAAGUUGUUGAUCGUUUGCAUAAUGUUCUCCGUCCAUUCAUCCUCCGUCGAUUGAAAAGGGAUGUGGAGAAGCAGCUGCCCAUGAAACAUGAGCAUGUCAUCUAUUGUAGACUUUCAAGGAGGCAGCGUAACUUGUAUGAGGAUUUCAUUGCUAGCUCAGAGACACAAGCUACCCUUGCCACUGCCAACUUUUUUGGGAUGAUCAGUAUCAUAAUGCAACUUCGUAAAGUUUGUAACCAUCCUGACUUAUUUGAGGGUCGUCCAAUUAUUAGUUCUUUUGAUAUGGCUGGUAUAGACAUGCAAUUAAGUAGUUCUGUUUGUUCAAUGCUUUCACCCGGGCCAUUUUCAUCAGUAGAUCUUUGUGCUUUGGGGCUUAUAUUUACUCAUCUUGAUUUUAGCAUGGCCUCUUGGGAGUACGAUGAAGUAAAGUCUAUUGCAACUCCAUCAAGAUUAAUUAAAGAGCGCUCCAACCUGGAUAACAUAGAAGAAGUUGGACUGGGAUCUAAACAUUGGAAGAAGUUGCCUGGAACAAAUAUUUUUGAAGAGAUUAGAAAGUCAUUAUUGGAGGAGAGAUUAAGAGAAGUGAAGCAACGGGCAGCAUCUAUUGCAUGGUGGAAUUCCUUGAGGUGUCAGAAAAAACCCAUAUACUCAACAACCCUACGAGAACUUCUCACAGUGAAGCAUCCCAUCUAUGAUGUCCAUCGCCAUAAAACUGAGCGACUCUCCUACUUGUACUCUUCUAAGCUGGGUGAUGUUAUUCUUUCACCAAUUGAACGGUUUCAGAAGAUGACUGAUCUCGUGGAAUCAUUUAUGUUUGCAAUUCCAGCAGCACGUACCCCAGUACCUGUCUUCUGGUGUAGUCAGACUAGAACUCCAGUGUUUCUUCAUUCAACUUAUGAGGAGAAAUGCUCUGAAAUGUUGUUACCUCUUCUUUCACCUAUCAGACCUGCAAUUGUUCGGAGACAACUUUAUUUUCCAGACAGGCGUCUAAUACAGUUUGACUGUGGUAAAUUGCAGGAGCUUGCAAUUUUGCUCAGGAAGUUGAAGUCAGAAGGACACCGGGUAUUAAUAUUCACACAGAUGACUAAGAUGCUUGAUAUUUUGGAGGUUUUCAUGAAUUUGUAUGGCUACACUUACAUGCGCUUAGAUGGAUCCACUCAACCAGAGGAGAGACAAACAUUAAUGCAGCGUUUCAACACAAAUCCCAAAAUCUUUAUCUUCAUUUUAUCAACCCGUAGUGGAGGUGUUGGCAUCAAUCUUGUUGGGGCAGAUACUGUAAUCUUCUAUGAUAGUGACUGGAAUCCUGCUAUGGAUCAACAGGCCCAAGACCGCUGCCAUCGGAUAGGACAGACACGUGAAGUACAUAUCUACAGGUUAAUCAGUGAGAGCACCAUUGAAGAAAACAUCUUAAAGAAAGCCAAUCAGAAGCGUGCUCUUGAUGAUCUAGUAAUACAGAGUGGAGGGUACAAUACGGAAUUUUUCAAGAAGCUCAAUCCUAUGGAAUUAUUCUCAGGGCAUAAAACACUUCAGAUUAAGAAUAUGCAGAGGGAGAAAAACCAUAACAAUGGAAACGAGGUGUCUUUGUCUAAUGCAGAUGUGGAUGCUGCUCUGAAAUAUGCAGAAGAUGAAGCAGAUUACAUGGCAUUGAAGAAAGUCGAACAGGAAGAGGCUGUAGACAACCAAGAGUUUACUGAAGAGGCCAUUGGGAGAUUGGAAGAUGAUGAAUUUGUGAAUGAUGAUGAUAUGAAGGCUGAUGAGCCUACAGAUCAUGAGAUGACAACUUAUAGUAAAGAUGGUGCAGUGAAUUUAAAAGAGAAUGGUUGCAUUGAAGAGAGAGCUGUAACUCUUACUGGCAAUGAAGAUGUUGAUAUGUUGGCUGAUGUCAAACAGAUGGCGGCGGCCGCGGCGGCUGCUGGACAGGCUAUCUCAUCCUUUGAGAAUCAGCUACGUCCAAUCGACAGAUAUGCGGUUCGGUUUCUGGAAUUGUGGGAUCCAAUUAUAGACAAAUCAGCCUUGGAAUCUCAAGUUGGGUUUGAGGAGACCGAAUGGGAGCUUGAUCGUAUUGAGAAGUACAAGGAGGAAAUGGAAGCUGAGAUUGAUGAUGACGAGGAACCUUUAGUUUAUGAAAGAUGGGAUGCUGAUUUUGCGACUGAGGCGUACCGACAAGAAGUUGAGGCAUUAACUCAACAUCAGCUGUUGGAAGAACAGGAAGCUGAAGCUAAUGAGAAGGAAGGUGCAGAUGAUGGACAUUUAGAUGCUAUGGUGUAUAAAAUGCCACGUAAUCCUAAAUUGAAGUCUAAGAAGAAACCAAAGAAAGCCAAGUUCAAAUCUCUGAAGAAAGAAUCUUUGACUUCUGAAUUGAAACACGUGAAAGAGGAGGCAUCAAUGGAAACUUUGUCUGUAGAUGAUGAUGAUGAUGAUGAUGAUGAUGAUGGUACAUAUUCGGAUACGAUGUCUCCUUGUUCCAGCAUGUGGAGAAAGCGUAAGAAAGCAGAAUCAGCAAUUGGUAUUGACAAAACGAGGUCGAAGAAGACUAAGAAAUUCAAAAAGGGUCCAGAAAUGUGCACUUUUAGUGUAGAUUCAGACCUGUCUGGAAAGCAUCAUGACAGAUUUACGGAACUAAAACCAUUUGAGGUUUUGGUUUCCGAUAUUGAGCAGAAGCCAGCUAGCAGGAGCAAAAUGGGAGGGAAAAUAUCCAUCAGUACCAUGCCAGUGAAACGGGUUUUGAUGAUAAAGCCAGAGAAGUUGAAGAAGGGGAAUGUUUGGUUGAAAGAUUGUGUUCCACCACCUGCUUUAUGGAUGCCACAGGAGGAUGCUGUAUUAUGUGCUGUUGUGCAUGAAUAUGGUCCACAUUGGAGCUUGGUCAGUGAAAUUCUGUAUGGGAUGACUGCUGGUGGGUUUUAUCGGGGAAGAUACCGCCAUCCAGUUCAUUGUUGUGAGAGAUUUAGGGAGCUAAUCCACAGAUAUGUUUUAUUUUCUCCGGAAAAUCCUAUUAAUAACGAAAAGAUGAGCAACAUGGUCCCUGGGAAGGCCCUUCUGAAAGUAACCGAGGAUAACAUACGGAUGUUGUUAAAUGUUGUUGCUGAGCAGCCAGACCAUGAGUUACUUCUCCAGAAGCACUUCACAGCACUGCUUUCUUCUGUGUGGAGGGUGAAAUCUCGUGUUGAAAAUCAACAAAACAUGCCAUCAUCUCGAAAUGCCCUUUAUAACAGUGGAAGGGUUUUCAAUUCUUCUGUCAAUCCGUUACCUUGGAACUCCUUGAGGGAAUCGGCAAAAAGAAUGAAAUUCACUAAUUUGGGACAGAGUACUAAGUUGCUGGCAGCUGCACUCCAUGAUGCCAGCAGUAGAAGGCCAGGUGAUAGAGUUUCCAAUUCCAAUGUGAAUGAAGAAGCUCCUGCUGUAGGCGAGAAGCUGGAAAUAACAUUGGAAUUCCAAAAGGAGGAAAAUGAUUAUGUGAUUCCAUUCCCACCUGUAAUAAGUUUGUCAAUACCUGGCUCAGCACCAUGGACGUCUGUAAAUAAGGCGGCUCACCAUCUCAGGGCAUCCACAAAUAUAGCUGAAAAUCGAUUCAGGGAUGCAGCAAGAGCUUCUUCAUCUGUGUUACCAGCAAAUGAUUUGAAGUUGUGGCUGGCUUCAAAGACUCAGUCCUUGGGAAAGCACAAGCUAUCUGUCUCUGAGUCAACCAAGCCUCCUAGGUCAAAGACGAGGAAAACUUUGCUGGAGCAAAAUGAAGGACACGCCGAGCUAGUAAUGCAACCACUGUCAGUUAGGGAUCCCAAUUUAAGGUUUGACCUGCCACCAGAAGUCAUUCAGGAUGAUAAGGAUGGGUUUUCUAUUUCAUUCAUGGAAAAAGAACUUUCAGUGGAAACGAGGAUCUCCGAAGCUGUCCCGCAUAACUAUGUUCCUGAUUUGAUAUCAGGUCUUGAUGAUUAUUCUUUGUUGCCGGAAUACACUGACAUUGGAUAGGAUUAAACUAGAGAACCAAAUAACAUCUUCUCGGCUUUGGCUCUCAUGACAAAUGUGUUCUGGUCGGAGAAUCACCUACAGCUGGGCGACCAUAAUUGUGUCGCCGGGAAAUGAUGGAAUCAACUGCCCAUUUUCAGGACGCCAAUCAAGGACAUGGUUUCUCUCAUGGUUGGAGUUUGUCUGCAAGGAGGAUCUGAAGUGGCUCUGCAGGAAGGAUCCCCAGGGUAAUGAAAUUACAAAAUGUAACAUAAUUUUUUGAAUUCGAUUCUUAUUGGAGGGGGGUGUGCCAGGCCAGUUUUGUUGGGGUCAGUUAAAUGAUCAAUUUACGGCAUGUUUCCGCAUAGAAAGGAAUUAGGGUAGGGCAAUAGAUACGAAUGAAAAAUGAAAGGUUGAGUCUCUCUCGCUGUCUACUCUAAACCCUAACCACCUGCAAUUUGUUUGAUUCCAAUCUUCAAUUAAUGGCUAGCUGAUUCUCGA